CACGUUCUCAUCCAUCAAAUCAACUUAAAUAUACAUAUCUGAGUUAAAAAAUAGUAACACGCAUCACAUUAUCUUAAUCUCACGAUGGCUCAGAAGCUGGUAGCUAAAGGCGGCACCGGAGGAGGCACGGAAUGGGAUGAUGGCCACCAUGAAGGUAUAUCACAGAUCUAUAUAAGAGAGGGCUGUGAAGGCAUAGAGUCCAUCAAAUUCGACUAUGUCAAGAACGAAGAACCUAAAGCUGGACCAAUCCAUGGUGGCUCGGGUCAGAGUUUCACUGAGUCGUUUGAUCUAAACCAUACCAUUGAUGAACAUAUCGUAUCUGUCAAGUGUUACUACGACGAGGGUGCGAUACAAGGCCUUGUGAUCAAAACCAACAUCAUGACUUCUGCACUCAUGGGAUACAACCUUGGUACUACGUUCAAACUUGAAGUCAAAGGCAAGAAGAUCAUUGGGUUUCAUGGAUCUUCUGACAAAAACCUUCGCUCUCUAGGAGCUUAUUUCGCACCGCUUUCUCCUGCUAAUUUGAAAUACUAAUUGGAAAAAGCUACAUAUGCUCUUCAUCCGUUUGGUUUAAUGUUGUUUUGAGUCUGUACUAAUUUACUAUGUCAUCAUCUUUCAUGUUUGUUUUGGUGUGGCUUUCACAAAUUCCAUCAUUUGCAAGUUGUAAACUGCAGUAAGGUAUUUGAAUUUUAAUGUUGGUUUGA